AAAUGAGCGUCUAUGAGAAGAGGGAUGAGAGGGUUUCUGUUUAAAGACCAGGGUCCUCAGUUUCCAGCUGUUUGUACAUGAAGAGCGAUGCUUCCAUGACAGCUCCUGUUACAUUUAGUGGGAAAUCAGAGCCCGACAAUCCAAGAUUAUCUGGCUGUAUGGUGACACAGGAUUACUGUUCUUAUCUGGCUUCAGCUCUGAAUUCAAACCCCUUACACCUGAAAGAACUGGAUCUAAGCUACAACCACCAUGGAGAUACAGGAGUGACACUGCUCUCUGCUAGACUGCAGGAUCCAAACUGCAAACUAGAGAAACACAAAUGCCUGUGAUCUUACAAUGGAUCCAAACACAGCAAACCCACGUCUUAGUCUCUCUGAAGGGAACAGAAAGGUGGCGCAUAUUAAAGAGAUACAGCCAUACCCUGAUCAUCCAGAGAGAUUUAAUCGGCAAGAACAGGUUCUGUGUAAAAAGAGUCUGUCUGGACGCUGUUACUGGGAGGUUGAAUGGAGAGGUUGGAGUAACAUAGCAGUGACAUAUAAAAGCAUCAACAGGAAAGAGGGGACUAACUGUAGGUUUGGGAUGAACGAGUGUUCCUGGAGUCUUUUAAUAAAAAUAAAAAAUAAUAAAAUAAAUUGAUCAAUUGUCACACAUUAUACAUACAUUUCUGCAUAUACAUAGUGAAAUUAUUUAUUUUUCACAUAUCCCAGCUAAGCUGGGGUCAGAGUGCAGGGUCAGCCAUGAUACGGCACCCCUGGAGCAGAUAGGUUCAAGGGCCUUGCUCAAGGGCCCAACAGUGGUGUCUUGGUGGCGAUGGGGCUUGAACCCCUGACCACUGCCCUUUUAUGCAAUGCUGAUGUGUACAUUGCCUGGUAAGGUUCUAAAAACACAGACAUACCUUUCUGUACACCCCCCUCGAACAGAAUUGGAGUGUAUUUAGACUGGGCGGGUGGCAAUCUGUCCUUCUACAGCAUCUCUGACUCAGACACACUCACGCACAUAUAUACAUUCCACGCCACGUUCACUUAGCCCCUAUAUGCUGGAUUUUGGGUAUAUGAUGCCUCUGUGUCUCUGUGCCCGAAGGAACAACUUUCAGUGAUGAACAGAAGGGAAAUUUCACACACUGAAAAAAGUAUUUAACUCACUAGGAUACUCAAACACAACAACUAAGUAAAAUGCAAUGCUUUUUAGCCCUUAAAGGUGCAUUGCGUAAUUUCUGCGUACUGAGUGGCAUCAAACGAAAAUUGCAAAAAUAAUAAUAGUUUACGAACAGUUUAUCCCAAAACUCCUACCACCCCUUCAGCUAACCAUUUUUGGGGCAUGUAGCCUUGCCCUAAACUCAUGCUAUUGUUUGAGAUAGAUAUUGACACGUCAUACCACUUAAACAAAGUGUUGAGCAAUGGUGCUUACGCUUUUCAGUUAGUAAACCUAUGAAUGACUUCUAGCACUUUGCAAGGCUGUAACUACAUAUUUGGGAUUGGGUAAUAGUUUGAGAAUCAGCUAUUGAAAAGCCCAUACAUGUUCACCAAUAAUCUAAAUAUGUGGGUGGACCCUGUUUUUUUUGGCGUUGUUCCUGUAUUUUUACUUUUGUAAUGCUGUGUAUGCUAUUGGUAUUUCUGUAUUUUAUUUAACACUGUUUUGUUUGACCACAGCUAUGCUGCAACACUUUGUCAAAACUAAUGUACCAUUAUUUUCCA